AUGAACAGAUUUUUGUAUUAUGGGUGGUCUGCAGAAUCUAUUCCCGGAUACAAUUGUACUGAUUACAAGCCGUUAGUUCCGAAUCCAAACGUAAACGUUCUCGGAGGAGCACUAGAUGUUGCAUACGGAAUCAUUGUAAUUUUUUUGUACGCACCAACCGUUGUUGUUUUCCACAGACAAUCAAGACUGGCAUGCUUCAAGAUCAUGUUUUUUCUGGGUCUUUUCGAUAUUGGAGCUAUCAUGAUAAACUCGCUUGUUACUGGAUUCCUUCUGAUGAACGGUGCUUCCUAUUGCGACUAUCCAAACUUCAUUUACAUAUCUGGAUCCAUCGGUCUCGGAUGCUGGUGCAGUGCUUGUCUUACUUGCCUUGUUCUAGCUCUGAACAGAAUCCUCGACAUGGUUUGUCCUCUCAUGGUCAAAAUUUAUUUCCGUGGCUACCGUACUUGUGCAGUUCUUAUGGCUCCAAUUCUCUACGGGUUCUUUUUCUUUCUGUUCACUUCACCAAUAAUAUUCUCUGCUGAACAUCAAACAUGGUUUUUCGAUCCGAGAACAAUGAAAGGACACUUCAAGGACUACACAAAUAUCCCUCACACAAUCAACAAUUUCUCGUUGGUUUUCUUGACGUGCUUCCUUUACAUCUUCUUUUGUUUAAAAGUGCGGAGCCAAUUUCGAAAGAGCUUCAGACCAAAAAGAACUGCCAGACAGCGUCAGAUCUUCUUGCAAUCCACUCUUCUUUGUCUCAUACACUUAUCCGCCUCCGUUCUAUACGUCAUUAUGCAGUUUGUUGAAAUGCCAAAGUUCUUUACGAUCCUUUCUCAAUACUUAUGGCAGUUGGCACAAGGAUGUCCUGUCAUAAUCUACCUCUUAUUCAAUCGGAAAGUUCGUGCUGCUUUGUUAGUUUUCAUGACUUCCUCAUCACAGGAUAAAUCUUCGAACUAUAUCCGAAAAAGUGCUGACAAUCGAAUGAUGUUGUUGCAAUUGACUCCGAGUCAAAACACGACGACUGCAGUGAGAAAAUUAACAGAAAACGACAACUAUUUGCAAUGCAAAAUACAUCUGACACAAGGAGAACCACAAAAGCAAGAGGAAACGAUACAAGACAGAGCUGAUACCGAGAAACGGGAACUAUAA